AUGUUUUACUCAGGGCUCCUCACAGAGCCGACGAGGAAGGAUGUGGACAUGAGGGAAGCCGCGUCUCUCCGACAGCAGAGGAGGAUGAAGCAGGCGGUUCAGUUUAACCACAAGGACUCUGCUGACCUGCUGCCGUUAGAUGGACUGAAAAAACUGGGAACUUCAAAAGAUACUCAACCUCAUAAUAUCUUGCAGAAACGCUUGAUGGAGACAAACAUGUCCAAGCGCCACAACCGUGGGUCCUCCUCACAAAAAAAUGACCUCUCAGCUCAGGCAAAUAAACUGAAUCAAAUGAAGUUGGAGGGCCCCAAGAAAACAGAACAAGAGGACCUGAUCCUGGUAUGCUGCCAGUGUUCUGGGAAGGAACUACAACUUGUUGUUGACACCGGAUGUCAGCAUAAUAUCAUAUCAUCUGCCUGUUUGGAGAGACUUGGGCUAAAGGAGCAUAUGAAACCCUACAAGCUUGACAGUGAGAAGAUUUCAUUGCCUCAUAAUAUGAAAGUGAUUGGUCACAUAGAACAUCUGCCUCUCACAAUGGGCACAAUCCAUGUGGACUGUUCUGCAGUUGUGGCAGAAGACAAUGAGAGAAACUUCUCCCUGGGGCUACAGACACUGAAAUCUUUGAAGUGUGUGAUAAACAUGGAGAAACAUCAUCUGGUCCUGGGGAAGACAGACAGGGAAGAAAUCCCUUUUGUCAGUAAUGCCUUUCCACAUGAAGAGAACUCUUCCGAGGCAUGA